UGCAGGCCCGCAGCGCUGAUAAAGAAGUGCUUGUGGCCUGGGUGAGUUUUCCCGAGAGGCUUAAUUGUUGGAGAGCCAGGGCAGAAACAGGCUCCUCACGAGGCUGUGCUGCUGCUGCCGUCGGGUGACAACUGACAACCACGGCGAGGCUGGGCGGCCGGUCCCGGCGUCCGGCGGAGCCCUUCGCCGGCGCCGGCGGCUGCGAGGCUAGGCAGCCGGCCACGCGGCGGCACCGGCAGAUGGGGGCGCGCGUCAUGGCGUGGUGGCGCGCGAGGGUGGUCGCGCCCGUGCGCCGCGCCUGCAGGCUCGCCGUCGCCGCCGCCCGCGCCCGCGUUCGCAAGGGCGAGUGCGGCGUCGUGAACCUUCACCAGGACGUGCAGACGUGCGGGUACCACGACGUGCAGGUGAUGUGGGACAUGCUCAGCUCCGACAAGGAGGCCGCCGCCGUCGCCGCCUCGACGCAACCGACGCAGCCGCGGCGGCGGAAGAGGCCGUCGUUCUGGAGGCUGCCGCCGUCGUUCUGGCCUGCCCGGUUGCCGCACGCCGCCGCGGUGCAGUGAGACGAACGGGGCGCCGCGAGUUCAUGGCAAUGAUCCCAGCCUGACCAGCCCGACCGUGCAUGUGUAUACACGAUUUUUGUAUAGUUUUUGGACAGAGCCAUUUGCUUCUGCUCUCAUCUACUGUUGAUUUGAGUGUGCUCUGGCUUGGACGGACAGAGCCGUGUGGACCUUGGACUUGCUCCCCAUCGAUUUAGAGUCUUUGACCAUCUUUGUGCGGGGAGCAGCUAUCGAUUUGGAUGUGGAAAUUAUUAAUCAAUCAGCCAUGGAUGCA